AUGGAUGAAUUGCUAAAUAGUGUUUCUUCAGUGCGAAGAGAAUUUCAGCAGCGCCGAAUUUCACGAUCUCGAGGCGCAAACACUUCACAGUCUAAUUUACCCCAGCCUUUGCUAUCUCCCAAGCCACCAAUGCCAAAGCAAUCCCUAAACUUUUUACCUAAAUAUAAAAAUGAGACCGAACGGAGCACUGAGUCCAGCCUUUUGCAACGCUCCACAAGCCAGUGCAGGCUGAGAACUGAAGAAUCAGUAAGUCUAAAAAUUAACCCUCAAGGAAACAUGACCUCCCGUCUCAAAAUCAAUGACAUCCAAUCCGAGCUUGUAAGGAUGAACUUAAGUCCUUUGCGAAGCCCAACUCGCUCUCGCAUCAGAGACUAUAAAAUUGAUGCCACCAAGCUGCUCUUCACAACAAUAAUAGGAUACAUGGCCCGCAACCUGCGGCUUUUGAAAGCAAGUACUGAUAAUAUAUCCCCUGAGCCUUCUAAGCGAAAGCCUGACCAUCACAAAAGAAGCAUUGGCUCAGUCGAGUUUGAAAAUAGCAGCAUGGUCUCGUUGAGAAGGAGCGAAAGAGAGUUCAGCGGACAAAUAAUAAGGAAAAAAGACGAAUUGUGAACUAAAGUGAUGAAUGUAAAUGGGAAGUUUGAAAAUCAGCCAACCUCAAUUUUGGUGUCUCCUGUGCAUAACUUCAAAGGAUUCCAGCAGUUUCCCAACACUGAUCCAAGAGAAGAAAGAACACCAAUUGUAGAGGUGAUUUAUGAAGAAAAUAAACAAAAAAUAAAAGACCAGAAUCCAAGAGCGUACAAUGGGAACCCAAAUUUCAUUAUAGGGCUGAGGUCUUCUCAGUCUUGUGCAGAGCUAGACCAUUUACAAAUAACUUCAGUGUCAAAACUAAAAGAAAACUUUGGCAGAAAUGUUUCAAAUAAGCUUGUGAAUUUAUCAGUGGCGCUGAUGCCUGCAAUUAAAAAAGUGUAUAUGGACUCUCUAUAUUUUAUAAAAGCCUAUGUCGCCCAACAGCCACAAUCCUUGUCAGAAGAAGAAUUUGUAUUAAAUAACCCUCCAAAAAAGAGGUUUUUAGGAAGAGAUACUUCUAGGUCGAAAAACAUAAACAUUAUAGGGGACUUGCAGUCUCAAAUUUUUAACAUAAGAUCGUCAAAGAACAAGAUGAAAAUGAAUGCAAAUGCAGAAAAAUUCUUUAGUUUAAUCACUCAUUUCAUUUACUCUUAUCAUAACAAAAAUUUUCAUCUCCUUUUUCAAAGCUUAAAAACAAAACCAAAAGAUGUGGGAAAUUUUAUUGAAAAAGUCUUCUAUAUACUUGAAAGAAAAUUAAGUGAAAAUUUAGCUUCUGGGCUGGAAACUUUAAAAUCUUAUAAUAAAUCACUAAAUGAAAACAAAAGAGUAAUAAAAACGCUUUUGAAGAACAUAGAAAAAGACAUAAAAUACAGAUUAAGUGCUUGCUUUAUGCAUUGGAAAACUACAGCAAGCCAGAUGGAGAGGGAGUCGAUCUACGGGUCCUUGAAAACAAUUACAAUUUCACAAAUCCUGAUAGACCUGAUAGGUAGGCAAGAAAAAGCUUUCUUCAUGGCUCUUAAAAUUGCAAACAAGAAGAAGAAAGAUGGAGACCGUGAAAAGCUCAGACUGAUCUAUAAAGGAUUUAGAUACCUAAUCCCAUACUAUAAAAAUCUCAAACAAAAGGUAUGAAACAGAUGGCAGUACUAUAAUAAGGCACAGCAUUUUAACAAGAAUGCUGUUGGGCUCGCAUUAAAGCGGCUGAGCAGAAUUGUCAUGAAAAACGAACUGAGGUGGUACGAGAAAUUCAUGUCCGACUGCAAAAUGUUUAUCUCCCUUAAAAAGCUGCUGCUUUCAAAUGCCUGUAAAAUAUUCAAAUCUAAAUUUCGAACCCAGCUUGGAGUCUGGAUCUAUUCCUCUUCUACCUCAAAAAAACCCAGAAGAAGCUUCCAAAAGCCAUCCUACAAUAAAACAAUCCCAGCCAAAAAGAUUACAAGUUGAAUCGAGAAACAAAUAAAAAUUCAAAAGAAAAGGUCUUUUGCGUUCUUUAUUUCUUCACCUUCUUUAAAUUAUCCUUCAGCGCUGCCUUUAUACAAAUUCAAGCAGCUAAAACUUGCAAUUGCGUCAAUGAUUUCGCAUUUUGAGUCGCAAAAUAGCUUUAUGGCAAGAAAAUGCCUGCUGAAAUGGAAACUGAAAAUAGUAAACGAGGCCAGAAUCGGAAAUUUUAAACAAGUUUAUAUGAGAGAAGUAAAACGUACUUUGGCGUCUAGCAACAUCAUGCAAGUUUUGAAUGGGAAAAUUAACCAUCUCGUGAAAUUAUCUUUUACGAAGCUUAAAAAUAAUUAA